UCUGCGGCUGCAGGUUUGCCACCGGCGACAUACAUGGGGACACACGCAGCACUGAGGAGGAACUGAGAAUGAAUGACCGAGUUCAAACAAAGUGUCCGUGAGUUUCUGUUGGGAAAGCAUCAAGAUCUGCGGCAAACUGUGAAUUGCCUUCACCUCCAAAAUCGGGGUUGCUGCCGGUUUUUCACAUUAAUCUAUCAACUAAACGUAUGGACUUAUGGAAGUUUCCACCUCUGUAUCUCAUGAAUUUGCAACCACUGCAAAAUGAAAGAGGGAAAAGAAAGAAAGCAACUGUCUGAUUGAGUGGAGUCCUGCUCAAACCCUGGGUGAUUGGCAGGAGGAGGAGAGUCUGACGGAGGAGCAGAGGAAUGUUGGCAGCCAUUUAGUCUGAGCUCAACAACGGAGGAAACAUGGAUUCUUCACAAAAAAAAUGUAAACGCAGCAAUGGAGUGAGAUGUCGGACCUCUGAGGAGGAUAAGGAUGGUUCGGCAACAACAGCAAAAAGAGAUGAAUCACUCAGUUGUGAGCAAUGUGGCAAGACUUUUAUCACAGCAACAAAGCUAAGAAUUCACAAACGUAUUCACAUUGUGGACAAACCAUUCAGCUGUGAUCAGUGUGGAAAGGCUUUUACUCAGAAGAGUCACUUAAAAAGCCAUCAACUCAUUCACAGUGGAGUGAAACCAUUCAGCUGUGAUCAGUGUGGAAAGGCUUUUACUAAGAAGAGUAAUCUAACAAGUCAUCAACUCAGUCACAGUGGAGUUAAACCAUUCAGCUGUAAUCAGUGUGGAAAGGCUUUUACUCACAAGAGUCACUUAAUAAGACAUCAACUCAUUCACAGUGGGGUUAAACCAUUCAACUGUGAUCAGUGUGUGAAAACCUUUACUCAACAUGGACAGUUGUUGAUCCAUCAAUGCCCCCAUUCUGGUAGAAAGCGGUACCGCUGUGACUCCUGUGAAAAAACUUUCAACGACCAACGGAGCUUAAAAUAUCACCAACGCAUCCACACUGGACAUGAUGUGUACGUAUGUGAUCACUGUGGUGAACCAUUUGUACGGUACUCACAGUUAAAAGCUCAUGAAGUGACCCACACUGGGGUUAAACCAUACCUUUGUGACCAGUGUGGGAAACGCUACAGCUACAUUACAUGCCUUAAAGUUCAUCAACGUGUCCACACUGGGGAGAGACCAUACAGAUGUGACGAGUGUAAGAAGACUUUCACAACUUUGGGUUGCGUGAAACGACACCGGCAGAUCCACACCAGAAAGAAAGCAUUCAAUCAGUGUCACAGUGAGCAGAACGGAACAGAUGGACAAAACUCUCAGACUUGUCAGCACUCUGCCAAUGGUGAACAGUGCUGCUUUGACCAGUCUGGACCAACGUCCAACCAACAAGGAACCCUACAACGACACCAGCGUAUGCACACUGGACACAGACUGAACCCCUGCCAAGAAGAUUUCUCCAUGCAGGCUUCAGUAAAAGAACUGAACCCUGCAUGGAGUUUGUGAAAUCCUCCACAAACUUAGUCCUUGAGAUCCGGCUUCACAGAAUUCAGGUCUAAUUUCUUGUUUGGUGUCUUCAUUGCGUCGUUGCAAAAUCCAUUAAGAGGAAAGCUGUUGUUAACAGACGUGACUGGUAAAUUAAACCAUUCAAAGUGAUUACUCAGUUAAAUGAAUUAUCAGUGGUAGAGGGAUGGAGACAGUGAGCAGCAGGGCGAAUUUCCUCAAAUACCAGCUUAAUCGUUCCUCAGAUCCCUCUGGACUGCAGGAACCCAUUAGAUGCAGAGCUGGUUCAGUGAUUCUCUGAUGAUUAAUCCUAAUUAAUUUCGGAGAUUACUGGCCUUAGGAUUCCUCUAUCAUCUAUCUAAAAUAUUACAACAAAAUAUUUACAACAAUUUUCUUGCCAAAUUUGGGGGAUUUUUUUGAAAAGAAAACUUUUAAGAAAUUACUUGAAUUUUCUUCCUGAAAGUUUUGAAGAUUUUCAGAAAUUUGGGGAAUUUUUUUGCUGAAUUUUUUGGAUUUUUUUUUUAGACAAGGAAACAAUGUUUUUUGGUGCCUGUCGAUGAGGACAACAGGAGGGUUAAAACAUUAAAAGGCAACAUUAUUAAGGUUUCUUUUAUGAAACGUUUUUCAUCAACAAGUACACAAAAUAGAUUAAAAUAUAAUCUAACAUAUUUACUGAUUAAAAACUUUGAAUUUCUUCCUUAUGUUGUUCUUCUGCAUAACUCACUAUUUCAAACUGGCUCAUGUUACUUCCAUGUGAUCUGUCAUUAAAACGGCCACAUUCUACCAUAAACACUGUAAAUAAUAACACGCCUGCUCAAAGUUAAAGGCCAACAUACGACCCAAACAUGACAUGGAUUUGGUGCCACUUUGAACUAAGAUGAUCUCUUCUGUUAAACAAACCGUUGAUUGUGAAUCUUUUUUCCAGAUAUGAAGCUGCUCCUUCCAGGUCCACAGACGGUAAACAAAACAAAGCUCUCUGUAAAAACCCUCAGAAUGUUGAAUAGAAUAAAUGUGGACAGUUUCAUGACCGGAAGAGAAGAUUUCUGGAUCAUUUUGUGUCUCAUUUGUGUCAUUAUGUGUUUUGUUUUGGUCAGUUUGUCUUUCUGUCUGGUUUUAAACGUUUUGCAUCUUUUCAUGUUAUUUUUUUUUCUUCCAUUUUGGUUAUUUUGUGCCUUAAAUUUGACCAUUUUGUGGUUCAUUUUAGUCAUUUUGUAUGUGUGUGUUUUUUUUAAACUUUUUAUUUAGUUUUGUUUUUCGAUUUAAGAAAAAAUAAGACAAAACAAGGACAACAACACAAAAACAAUGAUACAGAGGGGGGCAGAUACCGAACUUCCGGGUUAGCUCAUGGAGUAACCAGAUGCACGGUGAGAUCGCUCUCCCAGACAAACAGCAAUUUAUCCCCAAACUAAAUUAAGACUCAGUAUUACUUGAUGAAAAAGAUAAAUGGAUAGGGGGAGAACGCUUAGAUGUUAAAAAAAAAAAAAAAAAAAACGAAGAAA